GCAAGGAGAAGACGGAGUAUGCGAAUGUGAAUUGGGAUGAGCUUGAAUUUGCUCUAACUAAGACUGAUUACAUGUACGUUAUGAAUUUCACUCAAGAUGAUGGAAAGUUUUCCCAAGGAACCAUAGCUCGCUUUGGUAACAUUGAGUUGUGCCCUUCAUCUGGAAUAUUGAACUAUGGCCAGGGGUUAUUCGAGGGACUAAAGGCGUAUAGGAAGGAAGACGAGGGGAUUCUCCUCUUCCGGCCUCAAGAGAAUGCCCUGAGGAUGAAGAUCGGUGCGGAUAGGAUGUGCAUGCCAUCGCCAACCGUGGAGCAAUUCAUAGACGCAGUAAAAAAGACUGUCCUGGCCAACAAGCGAUGGGUACCACCGCAUCGAAAAGGAUCAUUAUAUAUUAGGCCUUUGCUUAUGGGAACUGGUCAAAAUCUGGGAGUGAAACCAGCAUCAGAGUACACAUUCUUAGUGUAUGCUUCCCCAGUGGGCAGUUAUAACAAGGCUGAACUGAACUUGAUGGUUGAAGACAAAGUCCAUAGAGCUACUCCUGGUGGUACAGGAGGCGUUAAAGCUGUCACGAAUUAUUCACCUGUUUACAAGCCAUUAACUCAAGCAAGAGCUAAAGGGUUCUCAGAUGUCUUGUUUCUGGAUGCAUUGACUGGAAGCAACAUCGAGGAAGGUUCUGCUUGUAAUAUCUUCUUUCUCAAGGGAAAUGUCAUCUCAACUCCAAUAGCUGAUGGGACAAUUCUCCCAGGAAUCACAAGAAAAAGCAUCAUGGAACUUGCUUCAGGUUUUGGAUACCAGGUCGAGGAACGAGUUGUUCCGCUAGAGGAGGCGCUCGAUGCUGAAGAAGUCUUCUGCACAGGGACAGCUAUGGUUGUGAAGUCUGUUGCAAGUAUAACCUACCAGGGUAAAAGGAUUGAAUACAAAUUGGGGGCAGAAACAGUGGCUCAGAAAUUGCAUGCAACUCUAACAGGGAUUCAAACUGGUGGUAUCGAGGACAAGCUGGGAUGGACCAUGGCCAUCGCUUAA